GAAGAGCAGAAGAAGCAAAGUCUGGACUCUCCUCUCAUUCUCCCGCCGGCAGACGACGAUGGGGGAUGUUUUACGAGGGAUGAGAUACGGGAGGAGGUAAAAAGGCAGCUCCGAUUAGCCGGGCCGCUGAUGACGGUGAACGUGUUGAUAAACUGUUUGCAAAUGAUAUCGGUGAUGUUCGUCGGGCACCUCGGGCAGCUCCCUCUAGCCAGUGCUUCCAUGGCUACUUCCUUCGCUGCUGUCACUGGUUUCAGCCUCCUCAAUGGAAUGUGUAGUGCAUUAGAGACAUUUUGUGGGCAAUCAUAUGGUGCAAAACAAUACCAUAUGCUUGGAAUUCACUUGCAAAGAGCCAUGGUCGUUCUUCUUCUCGUCAGCCUCCCACUCGCCGCCGUCUGGUUCAACGCCGGCGACAUUCUCCGGUUUCUCGGUCAAGAUUUCGAGAUCGCCACAGAAGCUGGCCACUACGCCCGUUGUAUGGUUCCCAGCAUUUUCGCUUACGCCAUUCUUCAAUGCCAUGUCCGUUUCCUGCAGACCCAGAACAACGUUCUUCCGGCUGCUGCAGCCGCCGCUGCCACGGCGGUGCUCCACUGCUUUGUGUGUUGGGCUUUGGUUGUCAGGUCGGGGUUGGGGAACCGAGGGGCAGCAUUGGCCAAUGCUGUGUCGUACUGGAUAAAUGCGGCGGCGAUGGUGGUUUAUGUUAGAGUUUCUCCAUCGUGCCGGAAGACGUGGACAGGAUUUUCCGGCGAGGCGUUUUGUGGGAUUGUGAACUUCCUUAAACUCUCCAUUCCUUCUGCCCUCAUGCACAGUUUGGAGAUAUGGUCAUUUGAGAUGGUGGUUUUACUAUCAGGGCUUCUUCCCAAUCCAAAGCUUGAAACUUCUGUUCUAUCAAUCAGCCUUAAUACAUGCUCGAUGAUUUACACGAUACCCCUUGGAAUAAGUGGUGCUGUGAGUACUAGAGUUUCAAAUGAACUUGGGGCAAUGAGGGCAAAGGCGGCCAUCUUAGCCGGACGUGUUGCAAUGGGGACGGUGACUAUAGAGGGUGCAAUUGUAGCCACUAUCAUCAUCCUUGAUAGAAGAUUAUGGGGUUACUUUUACACAACUGAUGAGACUGUUGUUGGAUAUUUGGCUCAAAUCUUGAUUUUGCUUGCUGUUGUCCACAUCUUCGAUGGAAUUCAAUCUAUUUUCUCAGGUAUCACAAGAGGAUGUGGAAGGCAAAAGAUCGGUGCUUUUAUUAACUUGGGAGCUUAUUACGUUGUGGGCAUCCCUAUGGCCAUCUUUUUAGCCUUCUUUCAAGGCAUUGGAGGAAAGGGGCUAUGGAUGGGAAUCAUGAUGGGAGUGUUUAUACAAUCUUUACUUCUUGGGAUCUUGAUUUUAUGCACCAAUUGGGAUAACGAAGUUAAGAAAGCAGGGGAUAGAAUUAGUAGAUCCGUACCAGAAUAUGUUUUGGAAUGA